AUGGCUAACCCUAUGGUUUUCUUUGACAUGACCGUCGGUGGUGCCCCCGCCGGGAGGAUCGUCAUGGAGCUGUAUGCCGAUACCACUCCCAGAACCGCCGAGAACUUCCGCGCUCUGUGCACCGGUGAGAAGGGAAAAGGUACCUCCGGCAAGCCCUUGCAUUUCAAGGGAUCCUGCUUCCACCGUGUGAUCCCUAACUUCAUGUGCCAGGGAGGUGACUUCACCAGAGGAAAUGGAACCGGCGGCGAAUCAAUCUACGGAAACAAGUUCGCCGAUGAGAACUUCAUCAAGAAGCACACCGGUCCAGGUAUCCUCUCCAUGGCCAACGCCGGUCCCAACACCAACGGAUCGCAGUUUUUCAUCUGCACCGCUAAAACCGAGUGGCUCGACGGCAAGCACGUCGUGUUCGGAAGGGUCGUUGAAGGAAUGGAUGUUGUGAAGGCGAUCGAGAAGGUUGGAUCUGGCAGCGGAAGCACCUCUAAGCCGGUGGUCGUCGCCGAUUGCGGUCAACUCUGA